AUGAGCACACCAACACCGCCGUAUGCAUUGCUACGCAACAUCGUCGCCUCCGCGAGAUCAAGCUCCGUCAUAAUCCGCCCACUCUCAACCCGUUGUCGACCUUCGUCUUCGAGAAUAUACUCUCCAACCAAGGACCAGUGGACUAGAAAGAGGCAAUGGAGCUCUUCGGCUUGGAGGGCUGCAUCCACGCCAGGCCGCGAUGAUCCUGAAGCCAAGGAUGACAAGACGAAACCCGCUGAGCCUCAAAAGCCAGAUGAGAGGUUCUAUAUGCCACCGCCGCCUGAACACAUCCAGCAAAGGAUCGAUGCAGCUAUUCUGGAUGCUGCAAGAGCUUCCCGGCCCACUCCUCCACGUGAAUCAACACCCGAGGUGAAGCCUGCGCCUGUAGUGGAGGAGCAACCUGCUGAACCAAUCCCUGCAACCGCUGCGCCAGAAACAUCCAAAGAAACUCCAAAGGAAAUCCCUAUCGAAGAGAAUCAUCCGAAGACGGAAGCAGAAGUGGUUGCCGAGAAGGUCGUGAAAGAGGAAGCAAAGGCCGAAGAGGCACUGCCUUCAAAACACCAAGAGCAGAGAUGGCACCUGUCGAAGCGGGUACAAGAACGUAUGGAUGAGUUGCUAGCGAAGGCCGCAGUUGUCAGUCACAAAGUCAACAACUAUACCGGUACUGACUACUCUGGCAUUGAACGUCUGCGUCGCGACAUUAUCGACCAAGUCAAGGCCGCUCAUGCCGAGGUCAAUGCCGCAAAGGUCGCAUACACAACAUCCUACAGCCAACAAGCCGCUUCNGCAAAAGAAGUCGUCGGCCUCCUCGAACGCAAACACUCAUGGUCAGCCGCCGAUCUUGAACGCUACAUGUCCCUCAUCCGCUCCGAACACUUGAACGAACAAGCUGUGCAGGCCGCNAAAGAGCAUCUCGCAAACGCCGAACGCGAUCUCGAAGACGCUAGAGGAAAGCUGGAGAAAAAGGAACGCAAGCAAUAUCACGAAGAGCAGAUUUGGAGUGACACGAUCCGUCGCAACAGUACUUGGGUGACAUUUGGUCUAAUGGGUCUGAAUAUCUUCUUGUUACUGGCCAACUUGGUCAUCUUCGAGCCUUGGAGAAGACGAAGGAUUGUCAGAGAGAUCAAGACUGCUCUGGAUGAGAAGACGACCAUGGCACCAUCUUUGGCUUCUGCUGUCGAGGCCGAAGUCGACAAGGUCGUUGAGCCUGUCAGUCAACCUUUGGAGAAGAUUGAAGAGCAAGUCGUCAAUACUGUCGAGACAGCUGCUGCAGAAGUCAUACCCGAGCCGACCACUGAGGUGGCACCUGAUGUACAGCCUGAAGCUAUGGCCGACAGCGAAAUAUCAGUCGGCGAGACACCACUCGCUGCUGGACAAAUCCUGCCAGAAGAAGCCGUGGAAACCAACGACCCGAUUGCACAGGUCAACGAGGCCGCCGAGAAUCCAGUCGAUGAGCCAGUCCAACGACCAGAACCCGAGAACUGGGAAGAGAGGUUUGCUCUCUGGAAGGAAAUUCUGUCUGCCAAGUUGGCGCUCUACAAAGCCAAGUUACAAGACUUGUUCUCGGACCGUCAAGUCACAGUCAAGAGGAUCGACGUGACGACGAUAGCGCUCGAGGGUGCUGCAGCUGGUGUGGCAGUAGUCGGACUCCUGUGGGCGCUGCUCAACGCUCGAUCAUGA